AUGCUGAUUGGCCUUUUAAUACCUAUAUCUGCGACCCUAAACCACCUUCCAGGCGAACCAUCGAUAGGUCUUGGCGGUAAGGACGUCCAUGAUUUCAUCCAAAGAGAGCUUGAUACGCCUGUAUUAGACGAGAUGUAUCCUAGUCUGUGGCUCGUGGGCCGCCAAGAAUUCGACCAUAUUGAUCCGCUACAUCGACAGAGAAUCAAGGGAAGGUCUGUUGUACCAUCCGAAGAUAGCGGGCUACACAUGGUGUGGACAGAGAACACGAUUUAUGUUAAGCCCAUACCACUCUGCUUGCUCAAUCACAACUUCUGGACUCGAUAUCUAGUGGAAGCAUCCGGAGGAGGAGGCACAACGUCUGUUGCACGAGACUCGAGACGGUCAGAUCGCCUAAUUGCCACGGGGUUUCUCCGUUCAUACGCUUUCCUCAUUCGUCACCGUUGUGACUAUGAGAUAGCAAAGAAUAGCUUACUCAUACCUGGCGACUUCGACUGGACUCAAUGGUCACGUUUUAUACACAACUUCCGAUCUCUUAAAGAUGGUGAUAGAGUCGCGAAGAGAUACCACUACGGUCAAAUGCGACUUUCGCGCCUGAACUGGGCCGUGCGUCUCUUGCGACCUCAAGGGAGUCCAACCUGGUGGUUCUACGAACUACCUUACUGGUCUACUAUGCCAUACGUGGAGGCCGCAGCGGCACUACUGCUCUUCCUGUUCGCAAGUGUCUCGUUGACACUAUCAUCUAUCUUCGGCGCCGCCGCCACGACAAUUAUGAGCCGAGCAUACUGGGUUUUCUCGCUAGUCGUUAUACUGCUUUCAUUGCUGAGCUGGACAUUACUAGUUGGCGUGCCUCUAGGCAUCUUCGUCUGGCAGCUUGCGUAUGGAUUCUCAUCUAGGAAGAAGAAGCCAGCAAACGCGACAAAAGUCUAG